GCUGUGCCAUAGACUGCAUGAAAACAGGGAACGGCACGGCGCUCGCUCAGCAUCCUUACAGACAAGAGCCCCCAAGCCCCAGGGAAUACACUAAGACAACUCUUCAAGAAUGGCAACUCUCAACGCCACUCACUGGAACGAGACAACAUCCAUUUACCAGUACCUGGGCUUUCAAGUGCAAAAAAUCUACCCUUUUCACGAUAACUGGAACACUGCCUGCUUUGUUAUUCUGAUCAUAUUCAUCUUUACUGUAGUUUCUCUGGUGGUGUUGGCUUUCCUCUAUGAAAUGCUGGACUGCUGCUGCUGCGUGAAAAAUAAAACUGUGAAAGACUUGGAGAAUGAACCCAACCCUGUUAGAGCAAUGCUGAACAGCUUCAGAAAGCGUGAAACAGAGGUGGUGUAGGAAAGGCUGAUCAUAAGCACGUGGAGACCAUUUAACACCUUGAACAAAACCACUUGUACCUUACGGACA